AUGCAGUUCGUUGCCAAGGUCUCCGUGGCCCUUCUGGCCGCCCUCGCCACUGUUGGUGAAGCCCAUGACCUUCGCCAUGGCCACCGUCAGUUCCAUGCCAGGAACUAUAAUGCCUCGACUCCUGCCGUGAGCGUUUCCUCUGUCUGGAUCAUCCCGACUCCUCUGGAGCCUUCUGCUCCCGCCGUCACUCCUUUGUCUGCGGCCUCUUCUUCUGUGGCCACAUCGGUGCCCCUGGUCACUUCCGCUCCUUUGCCAGCCACCUCCGGUGCUGCUACUUCUGGUGCUUCCUCUGAUGUCACUUCCAUCGUCUCUUUCGGUGCUGAUACGACUUCUGUGUCUACUGAACUCACCCCCAUCACUGAGGUCUUGUCCUACACCGUGACUGCUGGCACCUCCACCAGCGUCGUCACGACCACCAUCCACAAGACUUCCACUCGCACCGUGACUUACACUCAGACCCCGGCACCCAGCAUUUCUGCUACUUCCACCAUCACUUACACUGUGGUAUCUGUUCCCAGUGCUACCUCGACCUCGACCGCCAGCACCGGUCUCUCCGGUGGUGAGGAUGUUGGAACCUGCGACCAGGCCACCGUUACCGUCACUGUGGCUGCCAGUGUUGUCACCGUCACUGCUACCCCUGAGGCUUCUACCGAGGCCUCUACCUCUGCAGGUGGUUUCUAUGAGACCACCACUACUGCUCCUGGUGCUCCUGCUGCUGAUGCCCCCAGCGCUUCCUCCAGCUCUACCAAGACCUUCCCCACUGUUCCUACCGUUCCUUCUGGCCCUCCUUACGGCUACAACAACGGCACCCAGCCGUCCAGCGGUGCCGCCGCCCCCACCGGUUUCACCCUCAGAAAGCGGGCCCGCACCAAUGUCCUUGGCCGUCACUAA